GGAUUGAUAUUUUUAUUCUAGCCCUUCAAUACAUAUAUAGCUAGAACCAUAAAACAAAAUAGGGGGCGGGGGGGUUGGAGAACGCCAUUGCUUGCCGUGAAUGUCGGACCCUGAGCUGUUCGUUCGGGAGGGAGAGGACAAAGGAGAAACAAAAUCGCAGAAGCGAAUAACAAAUUAGAAAUGGUGGCGAUCUCAUUAUACAGAGGGAACCUGCACAGAGUCCCCGACGUUCCCCGCCGGUGGUUGAUGCCAAACCGUCAAAUAUCGCUCAAAGAGUUCAAGAUCCUACUCCACAAACGUACGCUAGCCCUCCCUCACCUCCUCCCCUCCUCUGCCAUCGCCACCUCCGCCGCCGUGACCACCGUCGGCGCCACCUCCUCUAGCCCUAACCCUGACCCCAAUUUAAAGCCGCGCGAAGAUCCUCCCAAAGAUAAUGGGCUUCCCAACGGCGACGCUCAGCCUCAAUCUGAGCCAGCUGAGGUUAGGGUACCCGAAGAAUCGCAUGGGACUUGUGGGGAUGUCAAAGAUGGGGUCAAAGAUAAUAAGGGCGGAUCAGAAGGUGGCGAUUGUUCUGCAAAACGGGUUGAUGAAUCUGUUCAAGAGGCUGCUGAUUUGAAACAAGUUGCGCCGGGGAGCGCGGCAAAUGUGGCUAGUGACCAUGGUAAUUCGCAAGCUUUGCGGGAGGAUAAGCCGGAUGUGUCGUUAAACCCUAAUACUGAGACAAACCUGACAAGCGACAAGGUGGAUGAAUUUAAUGGUAAAGAGAAAAGGAAAAGGGAGGUAGAGGAGAAGUUGCAAGUUUUGAAUGCAAAGAAGCAUAAUUUGGUACAAGUGCUGAAGCAGAUCUUGAAUGCAGAAGAGGAAUUGAAGGGACGAAAUAGCAUGCAAGCAGUAGCAACUCGGCCAUCUCUUCCACUUCAAGUGGAUGUAACAAAUGACUCUGGGUCAAUGACUAGACAAGUUGCUGCAAGGAUGGGCUCUGAGGGAAACCUAGGUGGAGAUGUGGAAGGGGGAGAAGCUGAUGAUAUUUCAAAUCAUAACACACAUUAUCGCCAUUUGCAUCGGAUGAGCAGUGUGUCACCAUCUUCAGAGUCCCCUCUUAGAAGGCCUGCAUAUAUUCAGCAUAAUGCGGUUCCACACCCCUCUCGGGCGAAUUUGGGGACGGCUGGUAGUCCUAGUCCAUCACGCUUUGCUCCCACUGGUCACCAAGGCCACCCUGCAAACCUGCCCACAGUUUCUGUAUCAGGAACUAGUUACAUUGCCUCAUCUCCAUCCCCUGCAGCGUCAGGCGGAACUUCAGUUUUUAGAGACUCUCGGUUGCCAAGCCCAUGGAACUAAGGCAUCAUUGUUUGCGCCAGGCUUGACAAUGUAUGUUGAUUUCUGAUGUACCCACAUGUUUCAGACUGUUUGGGACCAAUUUGCUGUCAAAUACGUGACUGUGACUGCAGGCUGCAGCAGAGAGCCAUUUCAAGGUUUCGUUCAAUGGAACAAGAAUCCAAAUUUCCAGUGUCGGGGGAGCUCAUGGGAUAGGACCUAAAAUUUGAGAUCUAAAAUCUUCUUUUUUUUGCAUUUUGCAUCCUUUGAUCCCAAAAGAUUUGAGCGCCAUGGAACUAAUGCUGUUUCAUGUCUUAUUAGUUAAUGUUGUAAAUUCAAAAAAUAUCAAAAUCUUGGGAAAUCGAGGUGUAAAUAGUUAGAAAGAAACAAAAUAUAGACUUGAGUUUGAUAUUCUUUCCAUUUUCCUCAUCUCAAUUUGUGCUGUGGAUUUUGCAUUAAACAUUUUAUGCAUUUCUUUUUUCAGCAA